CAAGAUGGACGCCUCUAAGAAGGGGUUUGUUGUGGUUGCUCACUCCUAAUAGACGUCCUCAAAAUUCAACAUGAGUCCUUACACCAAAACAUUUCUAGAAAGGAAAAACUACAUCCAAGGUAUUUUUGCCAUCUUGAGAAGGUCUUUAACCAAAAUGCCCAUCCAGCAUGUGCCGCUAGUCUUGUUAGCCUGCGGCUCCUUCAAUCCCAUCACCAACCAGCACAUGAGGCUGUUUGAGCUGGCCAGAGACCACAUGCAAAGCACAGGCCAAUACCAAGUAGUGGGUGGCAUUGUGUCUCCUGUGAGUGACGGCUAUGGGAAGCAAGGCCUGGUGCUAGCAAAGCACAGGAUUGCUAUGGCAAAGCUAGCGCUCCAGAGCUCAAACUGGGUCAAAGCUGACGAAUGGGAGAGCCAGCAGCCGGACUGGACUGAAACAGUGGUCACCAUGAGGUAUCAUUAUGGUCGUAUUCUAAAGGAGUAUGAACAGAGGACACUUGCAGACUCCAGUGGAAACAGCAGUCCCUGUCAGAACACCCCUCCUCAGCUGAAGCUGCUGUGUGGAGCUGAUUUCCUGCACACCUUCAAGAUCCCAGGCCUGUGGCGGGAUGACCACAUGGAGGAGGUGGUCGGGCGCUUUGGCCUGGUGUGCGUUAGUCGAGGUGGGCUUCAGCCCGAGCAGAUGGUGCACGAAUCAGACACCCUGUGGCGCCACCGACAAAACAUCUUCCAGGUGAAAGAAUGGGUGAGGAAUGAGACCAGCGCAACAGAGGUCCGGCGGGCUCUCAGACGGGGAAUGAGCAUGAAAUACCUGAUCCCAGACUCUGUGAUAGAAUACAUUGAGCAGCACAACCUCUACACUGAGGACAGCGAGAGGAGAAAUGAGGGCAUGGCUCUGAGGCCGCUCGCCAAACAAGCACAGCAGCCACUGGAGAGUCUGGACGACUGACAGAUCAAUGCGUCUCUCAAAUGGCGAGGGGUUUAGUUCCACUAGCUGAUGAUGCACCAGCCACAUACGCACUGAGGUACACACUGAACAUUGUGGCCUCCCUGUGCUUCAACCCACUAUGAACAUAGCACUUAAGCUGCUAUUAGAGUGUGGUCAUUCUGUGGGGGGGGCUUUCAUGCAGGCCCAGCUGCCAGCAGAGAAUCUGGAUAACUGAUAAGAGUGAGCUGAACAUAGACGCCCUUCAAGUAUGAAUUCAGUCACAGAUCAGUGCUUCUCUUCAGUCUGGGUCGGGGGGAUUUAAUUUACACUCUGCUGCAGUGUGGUGGAGAUUUCUAAAACAACAGUACGACUGACGUUGGACUAAAAUGUGUUGUGACGAAAACAUCCUCACCAGUCUUUGUUCCUCUUGAUUCAUGGACAUGCAGUGUUCCUUUCCUGGAUGAAUAUUUAUCUCUUAAACGUUACCAAUUCCUCAUGUAUGCAGUUCCACAAGCCCACAAGUAAAAAAAAUAAAAAUUAAAAUUA